GCAGAAGUGAAUGCCUGUUCCGGCAGGAGAACAUGUUGCGGAACAUGUCGAAGACCCACGUUUUCAUCAUCGCUGCUUUAAUUCUCAUGGUUGUGGGGGCCAUAUAUAUCUACUCGGGAAACGAUAUCUCAUCCUUAAGUGUGUGUCAGCCAUGUUAUGUAGUUCCCGAGCCAGACAGGAUCAUCGUGGACACUGAUGUCGUGGAAAAAGAAGAAAUCAAACCUGUUCCAAGCAGUGACAAGUGGAAGAUUGGAGACCUGACGAUGCCAUCAGGGGUAAAAUAUGCUCUACCAAGCACACAGAUUGGGCGCACUGAUGUGAACACAGUAACAAACUGGAAUGCUCCUCUGGUGUGGGAGGGAACGUUUGAUCCAGUGGUUAUCGAUGCAAUCUAUAAGAAAAUGGACCCAAGAAUUGCUGUGGUGGUUUUUGCUGUUGGCAAAUACACACGUUUUCUGAGGGGUUUCCUGGAGUCUGGUGAAAAGUACUUUCUAGUCGACUUCAGGAUCACUUACUACAUCUUCACUGACAACGAGAAAGAGGUUCCCAGGGUUGCACUGAACAAAGGCCGAAAGAUCACAGUGGUCACCGUUCCAAGUGCCACGCGCUGGCAGGACGUGGUGCUCGGCCGAAUGAAGUGGGCCACCAUCACCAUCGACAAACAGAUCCGUCAAGAAGCCGACUAUCUGUUCAUGAUGGACAUCGACAGCGUUUUCCACGGCCGCGUUGGAGCAGAGGCUCUCAGUCGGCUCUCUGCUGUACUUCACCGGGGAUACUACAAGAGGACAAACAGAGACGACUUUCCAUAUGAGCGUCGGCCCCAGUCCAAAGCCUAUAUUCCCAUCGAUGAAGGAGACUACUACUACACUGCAGCCGUCUGGGGCGGAUACCUGGAGGACAUGUACAACCUGGUCAAAUACUGUUAUAACAUGUCGGAGGAGGACAAAAAGAACAACAUUGAAGCUGUGUGGCAGGAGGAGAGUCACCUGAACAGGUACCUGCUAUACAACAAACCCACUAAAGUGCUGUCUCCCGAAUACCUGUGGUCUGACUACGACUCGGUACCAUCGGACAUCAAAGUCGUCAGGAUCUCACAGUUGGUUAAGAACUAUGCUGAGGUGCGGCCCAACGGCGGACACUGACAGGAUGUGGGUUGACAUUCAGAAGUGAAACUGGGAAACAGUACGUCUGGAAAGUGCUCUGUUAAACAUUUCCAAAGUCAAGGUAAUAGAAGGCAUAUUCUGUGCUCUCUGGAGCCAUAAAGCAUAAUGUGUGGGAACAAAGGCUAACACUUAUCUGCACGAGUUUACAUGAAGGUGUGUAAAGGACUGACUCUGGUGAGGCGACACCCAUGUCAAACAUAGCUGGGCUAAAUUCGACCUAAGCUAACUGCAGUGCAGGUAUGACUCCCCAGUGCUUUUCAGCUGAGAGCAAUAAAACACACAGGAAAAAAAUGUAGGUGAUCUUUAUUGAGAUCAUCUUGUCUCUCGAUGUGGAGUCGGGGUGCUUCAGCUGCUGUUACAGCCUGCACGAUAUCAGCUGCUCUCUGUUGUUUUUGUUGUUUGACAAGCAAAGCACAAAGUCUGGAGCCGAGCAUAAUUUACGAAGUAAUUUCAUAUGUAAACACCCACAGGCUCUGGACAAACCUUUAUUAGUUAUAACAUAUUUUGACUUGAACUUUAUUUUACUUACAGUGAUUUAGAGUCAUAAUCACAACAGUUGAAACGAGAUUAAAGUGGCUUGUGUGGUACUCUGAAAAUGACUAAUAUAUUAUUUUUUCAAAGAAACAUAUUUAAUCAGAGUGUGUGCAAAGCACAUGUUUGAAGUGUGUGUUUAGCUGGGAUGUGAAGAAAAUUGCUCCUAUCAGGAUUUUGCAAAGUGACACUACAAGCUGGGGAAUGGAACCCCUUUUGAAAUGUGAGGAAAAAAAAGAUUUUUACAUUUUAUUAAUGGCAUUUUUUUAAAUGUGAUUUAUUUUGUAUUACAAUGGAUAUAAAAUCAAGAUUUUUUUUGCCAUAUCAAAAUCUAUUUUGGGUU